AUGUUCAGGGCACAUCGUUUUUCUUUCCAACAUACAUCACGUUUCUUCCCAAGGAGCCAACAGCGUGGACUGCGUACCUCUAGACCUGCUCGUAGCGUUGUCAGCAAUAAGCCUUUGAGUGCCACCGAGGAACCUAUUACAAGCAAGUACACAGUAUUUGAUCACCAAUAUGACGCUGUCGUUGUGGGUGCUGGUGGAGCAGGACUUCGAGCAUCCUUUGGAUUGGCUGAAGCAGGGUUCAAGACAGCAUGUAUUACAAAGCUUUUUCCAACACGUUCCCACACAGUAGCAGCACAGGGUGGUAUCAAUGCUGCUUUGGGUAACAUGACAAAAGAUGAUUGGCGAUGGCACAUGUAUGACACUGUAAAAGGGUCCGACUGGUUGGGUGAUCAAGAUGCCAUCCAUUACAUGUGUCGAGAAGCACCACAAGCUGUCAUUGAAUUAGAGAGCUACGGCAUGCCAUUUUCAAGAAAUCAACAAGGCAAGAUUUAUCAACGUGCAUUGGGAGGGCAAAGUUUAGAAUAUGGAAAAGGGGGACAAGCAUUUCGUUGUGCAGCAGUGGCUGAUCGCACAGGGCAUGCGCUCUUGCAUACAUUGUAUGGCCAAUCAUUACGAUACGACACCAACUACUUCAUCGAGUACUUCGCCCUGGAUCUUAUUAUGGAAGAUGGUGAAUGCAAAGGAGUGAUUGCUCUAAGUAUGGAAGAUGGCACGUUGCAUCGAUUUCGAUCCGAUCAUACUGUGAUCGCUACCGGCGGAUAUGGUCGCUCGUAUUUUUCAUGCACAUCAGCACAUACUUGUACAGGUGAUGGGAAUGCAAUGGUGUCACGUGCUGGUUUGCCUUUGCAAGACAUGGAAUUUGUUCAAUUCCAUCCUACCGGUAUCUAUGGAGCAGGGUGUCUUAUCACAGAAGGAUGUCGAGGUGAAGGUGGGAUCCUUAUUAAUUCUGCUGGUGAACGAUUUAUGGAGCGAUACGCACCCACAGCGAAAGACUUGGCUUCAAGAGACGUUGUAUCACGAGCCAUGAGCAUGGAGAUUAGGGAAGGCCGUGGUGUGGGUGAUGAAAAGGAUCACGUAUACUUGCAACUCCAUCAUUUGCCAGAGGAGCUUAUUCGAGAACGCUUGCCAGGUAUAUGUGAAACGGCAUCCGUGUUUUGUGGUGUGGAUGUAACACGUGAACCGAUCCCUGUGAUUCCCACUGUCCACUACAAUAUGGGAGGUAUUCCAACAAAGUAUACGGGUCAAGUGCUUGAUGUCGAUAAAGAUGGCAAUGACAAGGUUGUCAAGGGGCUCUAUGCAAUUGGUGAAGCUGCCUGUGUCUCGGUACAUGGUGCCAACCGUCUUGGUGCAAAUUCAUUACUUGACCUUGUCGUUUUUGGUCGUGCUGUUGCUCAUCAUAUUGCCAAUCAUGCCGAACCUGGAGCAUCUCUCUCGCCCUUUGCUGAUGAAAAUGCUGGCAUCUUAUCCAUAGAAAAGAUUGAAAAGCUAAGGACUUCUCAAGGCACCAGCAAGACGGCCGAUAUUAGAUUGAAAAUGCAAAAGAUUAUGCAAGCUGAUGCAGCCGUGUUUCGUACUCAGGAAUCCCUUGACGAAGGUUGUGAUAAGAUGGAUGCUAUAUGGGAUGACUUUUCAAAUGUGGGGAUCACCGAUCGAGGCAUGAUAUGGAAUACGGAUAUGACAGAGACAUUGGAAUUGGAGAACUCUUUAAUAUGUGCAUCUCAAACAAUCCAUGCUGCAGCUGCAAGAAAAGAAUCAAGAGGUGCUCAUGCAAGGAUGGAUUACCCUGAUCGGGAUGACGAGAAUUGGAUGAAGCAUACGCUUACCAGGCAACAACAUGAUACAGGCAUGGUGGCUGUUGGGUAUCGUAAUGUCAACGAUCAAACCUUGGAUGUGAAUGAAUGCAAACCUGUGCCACCAACUGCAAGGAUAUACUAG